CCCGGCCCCCCCGUCCCGGCCGCUCGCGGGGAGCCCGCACCACAGCUGCCCUCCAUGGAAGGGGGACGGGAGCCGGGGAGCAGCCGCUGGCCCCAGGGUGGAAGAUGCAGGGCCGAAGCCCCCAGGCGAGCAUGGAGCUGAACAGACUGCUCCUCCUCACAUCCUUCCUCCUGCACGUCAAAGAGGGCCGUGCCAGCCCCGCGCGGCUGGUCUGCGACACCAGGCUCAUCCAGAAGUACAUCGGGGAGGCCAAGGACAUGGAGAAGAAAGCGAACCAGUGCCAAGCUUCGUCUGCGCUCAGCUCCCCCGUGGCGCUGCCCCCGGUGGAUAUCAAAAUCACGCAGUGGAAAACCAAAUCGAACGAGACCAAGCAGCGCGAGAUCCUCUGCGACCUGGCGCUGCUGGUGGGCGCCGUGAAGGGGGCGCAGAGCCAGGAGAGGCAGGAGUGCUGGGCCGGGCAGCUGAAUCAGCUCUACCGCCACGCCGAGUUCUUCCUCCGGCUCCUGCAGACGUGGGAGGAAGGGCCCUGGGAGCCGGGCUGCUCCCCGGGCUCCAAAGAGAUCAACACGGCCGUGAUCUUCCUCGCCUACCAAAGGCUGCUGCAGGGCAAGCUGCGCUUCUUCUUCCACGACCUGGCCAAGGACUUGUGCGACCGAGGCCAGGGGGGCGGCAGGGACCCCCCCGCGGGGCCUGAAGCUUUGCGGGGGGCUCGGCACUGACCGGGGGGGGCAGAGCAAUCCUGCAGGACGCUGAGCUGUGCUCCGGGUGCCCAGGAGCGUGCCCCCGGGGAAAGGGUCGGCUCCUUUUCCACAAGCCUUCGGCUACCACGUGGCCCCCAGGGGUCAAAC